UUCACUCAAUGUAACAAGUACGGCAUCUACGUUUGGACAAAAAGUAUCGUUAACAGUCCCUCAAUGACUAUGGGUGACACGAUUUUUGAAGAAUUAGAAGAUUUGAUGCAUUUUUCAGUCGCCGAUUUACCCGUUCAUGGAUAUGCAGUAAUGGAGGAGAUUCGGCGACAAGGGAAACUCUGCGAUGUUACCCUAAAAGUAGGAGAGCAUAAAUUCAGUGCGCAUAGGAUAGUUCUCGCUGCUUCAAUCCCAUAUUUCCAUGCAAUGUUCACUAAUGACAUGGUUGAAUGCAAACAGGAUGAGAUCAUCAUGCAGGGCAUGGACCCCAGUGCACUUGAAGCACUAAUAAAUUUUGCUUACAAUGGACAUUUAGCCAUAGACCAACAGACUGUCCAGGCUCUCCUGAUAGGGGCCAGUUUCCUGCAGCUUCAAAAUGUCAAAGAUGCCUGCUGCUCCUUUCUACAACAAAGGUUGCAUCCAAAGAAUUGCCUUGGUGUACGACAGUUUGCAGAGACUAUGAUGUGCACCACUCUUUAUGAUGCAGCCAACAGCUUUGUUCACCAACACUUUGUGGAGGUAUCUGUGUCAGAUGAGUUCCUGACACUUCGGCUGGAAGAGGUGCUUGAGCUUGUGGGCUGCGAUGAGCUCAACGUCCAAGCAGAGGAGCAGGUGUUUGAGGCUGUGCUUGCUUGGGUGAGACAUUCACGUGAAGAUCGAGAGCCACGGUUACCGGAGUUGCUGUCAAAAACACGGUUGCCUCUGUGUCGACCUCAGUUCCUGUCUGAUUGCGUUCAACAGGAUGAACUUGUGCGCUGCUGCCACAAAUGCAGGGACCUUGUCGAUGAGGCGAAAGAUUACCAUCUCAUGCCGGAGCGACGACCCCACCUCCCAGCCUACAAAACCCGACAGAGAUGUUGCACUUCUAUUGCAGGCCUAAUCUAUGCUGUUGGGGGCCUCAACAGUGCUGGUGACUCAUUAAAUGUUGUGGAGGUAUAUGAUCCCAUUGGAAACUGUUGGGAGCGAUGCCAAAGUAUGAGCACUACCCGAAGUCGAGUGGGUGUUGCUGUUGUGAAUGGACUGCUUUAUGCUAUUGGUGGUUACGAUGGUCAGUCACGGCUUAGAACUGUAGAAGUUUACAACCCAGAAACUGACACGUGGACCAAAGUUUCUAGCAUGAACACUCAACGCAGUGCAAUGGGAACAGUUGUGGUUGAUGGACAUAUAUAUGUUUGUGGCGGAUAUGAUGGGAAAUCUUCUCUAAAUUCUGUUGAGUGCUAUUCCCCUGAGACUGACAGAUGGACGAUAGUUACAGAAAUGAGCGCAAGCCGCAGUGCUGCCGGUGUUACUGUAUUUGAAGGCAGAAUAUUUGUAUCCGGUGGUCAUGAUGGUCUACAGAUCUUCAACACAAUGGAGUACUACAACCAGCAUACAGCCUUGUGGCACCCUGUUGCUCCCAUGAUGAACAAACGAUGUAGGCAUGGUGCUGCAGCCUUGGGCAGCAAUCUCUAUGUGGCAGGCGGUUAUGAUGGCUCUGCGUUUCUCAGUGGGGCAGAGGUGUACAGCUCAGUAGCUGAUCAGUGGAGCCACCUAGUGGCCAUGAACACUCGGCGCAGCCGUGUUUCUCUGGUGGCAAACUGUGGUCGACUCUAUGCAGUGGGAGGUUAUGACGGACAGUCCAAUCUCAGCUCUUUGGAGAUGUACGACCCAGAAACCAACCGCUGGAGGUUUAUGGCACCAAUGGUGUGCCAUGAAGGUGGGGUAGGGGUUGGCUGUAUACCCCUGCAACCUGCUUAAUGCCACAGUCUCCCUCAGCCCAAAAGACAUUUUUGCUUAUUAAAAAAAACAAGGUUUUUUACUGGGUGAUCUAACAAGAUGCAUUAAUAAUCAUGAUGUCAUGUCCUUCAUAUGAUUGCAGCAAAGGUACUAUAAUUCAGGCAAAAAUCCUAGUGCAGAUAUGCUAGUACAACUUUGAUGGUGAAAUAAUAAAAUCCUGUAAAAUCUUUUGACAACCAAAUGUUAAAUUUAUACACAUGAGAUCAUGCUAGUACUUUCACAAGCAUCAUGAAGGUACAAGCUCCCAUAUUUGGGCUGCACUUCUGCUAAACAACUAAGAACAUUUGGAAGAAAUGGAAUAUAAUAGGAAACAAACAGAAAUGUGCUAACUGGAGAAAGAAAGACAUUUUCUUGUCUGACAUAUCUCGCUCUGUAGUAGUGUGACUGUAAACAGGUGACUUUGGCAGCCUGUAAUCAUGGACCCAUUAAAGGGAUAGUUAAUGCAGAAAUUUAAAUUCUGUCAUCACUUAAGCACCGUGGUCACUUUUCACUUUCACUGCAUCUUUUUUUCACCGUACAAUGAAAGUAAAUGCUGACGCAUUCUGUCAUUCUGCCUAACAUAUCCCUUUCUUAUGGGAAAAAGAAAGCGAUGUAACUUCUGAACAACAUGGGUGUUAGUAAAUGACAGAAGUUUUAUUUUUGGGUAAACUAUUAAGUUAAAGCAUCAGUUCAUGAGUAAUAGUUGUGUAUAUAGAUUGCCUUGUUAUUCCUUAACUGGAAGCUAUUUUAGAAUAAUAGAGAGUUGAAAGUUAACCACUGCCAUAAUUGGGAGAGUGUGAUCAAGUAGAUGGUUAAAAAGGAUAAUUAUUACAAAGUCAUUUUUGUUGUACCAAACUAAACAUUUGAUUUGGGAUAUUGCUCAUAAUGUUUUGCAGAAAAUUAUGGAAAUCUAUUGUGAGCAACUGUCCUGUGCAGAACAUCCAGAUGUGCCAUAAACCAUUUCCACUUUACAUGGAAUCACAUUUUGAACCAUUUUGAACACUUGGUUAAUUUGAAUUCUCACUUUAAAAAAAAAAGUAUAUUUUGAUCAGGUUCACUUUGCAACUUGGUCUUAUUGGUUUUGGGAGAGCAGAUCACCAGCUCAAUAUUCUUUCCUUGUAGAUUUUGACUGAUUAUGAAAUGGAUGGGUGGAUCUAAUUCUGUCUUUUGUUUUCUUUUAAUUUUUUUCUUUGUUUCUUUAAAAAAAAAAAUGUGUUAUUGAAUUUGUGAGAAUCAGCACACAUACCGAAAGAGGGAGAGUGAACUUGAUAUGAGUUUAAGAGGACCCUUGUCAGAUAUGUGCUUUCAGGACUUCACUAUAGUGGCAUCAUGUCCUCUUGAUAGUAUGAGUGCAGAUAGGAGAUUUAAAUGGAACAUUCCCUUGUGUUUUGUGCAACAAAAAAAGGAAGAAUUUAUUGACUAAGGGAUUGACUGUAUGGAGCAGUAUGUUUUCAAAUAUUUUUCUUGAUUAUUCUCAGACAUUACUUGCUUUUAAUUUCAAAUAACACAUCUGAAUUUGGGAUUACUGACUGUGAAUUUAAUGUGGUAUAUAUUUUCUUUGUCUUUUUACCAUUACUGAAUAUCUCUGAUGAUUUAAUUUCAUGAUUUAUUUUAUAUUAACUUCCAAUUGUGGUGCAGUAUUUCUACUUUUAAUAUUUGUUUGUCUCUAAUUUAUUAAUAGCUGUAAUAUUUUCUCUUUUUUAUAGAAUUGCACAUAGUUUAUCUGUCACAGAAAUGAGAAUCAAGUUUACAUUUUAUGGAAAUUAAAAUAUAUAUAUAUAUAUAUAUGAGUGUGUUUGUGUAUAUAUGGAUCGAUAAAUCUUGUCUUUAAAAUAUUGGUCAGCUACCUCCGAUUGACAUGGGGAGCAUAAUGGGGACAAAUAUCGAGUCAGUUGCCCUGUUACCUUUAAAAACAUUUCCAUUUAACCUGAAAGAAUUUUUCCGGAAUUCACUGAAAUCUCUGGUGUGGGACUAAAAUAUUCUUUUUCACCUGAUUCUUAAAUGUCUUUAAUAAACAUACAUUUUAUG